AUGCCCAUCACCAACACCAACACCAACACCAUCUCCAUCAUCACCAUUACCACACCAUCACCACAGCCACCAUCAUCACCAAUACACAUCUCCUCUUCCUUUGAAGGUUGGCGCCCAAGACGUACCAUCAAAUUCUGCAGCUGGGGUGCAGAAGAAGCAGGCCUUAUUGGCUCAACAGAAUGGGUAGAAGAAAACGAACGAGCGUUAUCAACAAAAGCUGUUGCUUACAUAAACGUUGACGUUGCUGUCUUUGGGAAUCUAACCUUGGAAUUGGCCGGCUCCCCCCUGCUGAAGACUCCAAUUGCAGAGAGUGUUAAGCAAGUCAAUGACCCGCACGGGGGAAGUGUAUACGACCAAAUUGUUAAAGAAUACAAGACAUUUGAUUACGGAACCUUGGGUUCCAACUCGGAUUAUGCAAGUUUUUAUCAAUUUGUUGGUAUGUUUUUAUGUUGUAUUCUUUUUUGACUGGGUGUUGGUCGUAGUCCAUGCUUAACUUUCCGGACUCCAGGAAGAACAGUUUAGAACAGAAUUAGUUCAGUUUAACUAAGGUUUCCUCCUGUAGUGGUGACACUCAAGCAAGGAGUGGCUCUUACUGGACCUCUAGGUAGAACAGUUUCUAACUGAUAGUGCUAUCCAGUACAGAAGAAGUUAGUUUUGUUUCGUUUACAAUGCUCGCUUCUAAACAGCUUUCAUGUUCCACAGGAGUGCCAUCCUUGUGCAUGUAUUAUACGGGAGAAGAGUUAUAUCCUGUCUAUCACACCGUUCACGACACGUAUAAAUGGCUUCAAGGUCUAAUUGACCCUAAGUUUGAGUACCAUCUAACCACAACCAAAGUUGCUUCGAAAAUCCUCCUGUCAACAGCGGACAGUUUGGUGCUACCUCUCGAUGUGACAGAGUAUGGAAAAUCUCUGGAUAGCUCCCUUAAAGCGCUGAAGAAAGAAUAUGGUGCAGAGCUUUUAAAGAAUAAUGUCAGCUUGGAGUAUAUUGAGGACGCAAUUAAAAAGUAAGAUUUUAAAAAUAUUUUUACAUUUCUUAAGGCUAGUUCCCACUCAGGAAAAUUCUUCUCAGGACAGCAACGGACAGGAAAUUUUCCUUUAUCUGCGAGUUCUAAGCCACAACUGAAUGGCUUUAAACACAUCAAAUCCGUUCUGUCCUGACAAAAAUUUUCUUCAGUGGAACCAGCCAUAGAAACGAUAGAGCUAUCCAGUAUAAAAAAGUUAGGAUAAGAGUUGCAAUUCUCAUUCGCAUCUGACCGUAAAAUUUCUCGCCCCCUAAGAUUCCUCUUUUUUUUUUAAGAUUCAGAAACGAAGCAACAAAAUUCCAAGCUGAGAAAGGCAAAGCUAUCGACGAGAAGGACGACAUCAAACUUCGAGCCCUGAACGACAGGAUGGUCAACGUCGAAAAAGCCUUCAUUACUGCGCCUGGUUUACCAAACCAGCCAAUCAUAAGACACGUUAUAUUCGCGGUUAACUAUGCAUCCGUUAACUUCCCCGGGAUUAGAGAUCUUGUUUUUAAACAGAAUAAGACGGAUCAGGAUUGGCUGGAUAUUAAGAAGCAAGCAUCCAUUGUGUUUAAAGCGAUUUCGGAGGCAACAGAUACUCUGAAAGCUGACGCGAAUUAGAAAGUGAACUGUGUUGUUAAAAGAUGACAUCUCAUUUAGUUAGUAGCAAAUAAAAUACGGCAACUACUGCAUAUCUGUUUAGGCUAUUAGUAACAGAAAUGCUUUUUACUUUGCCAAAGUAAAUAUUUUUACCUAUUAGUAUAAAUAGAAGUAUUUUUAUACUUUAAAAAUAAACUACUUUAAACUGCUGCAUAUCUGUAAUAGAAUAGGGUAUUAGCAAUAGAAAUGCUGUACUUCACAAAUUUGCUCCGCUAGCUUAUUAGUGCGAAGAAGUUAAGC